GCACGAAGCAAAGCGGGCGGAUCAGCACUUGAAAGGAUUCUGAAGCAAACAAACAGCAGCUAUAUAAUAUAGCAGCCCUGCAGUUGAGCCUCUCAGCAACAAAGUUGUGACGGUGGGGAGCCAUGAAGCUAACACUGGUCUUUUGUGGCCUGCUCUGUGCAGUAACAGCGAUCCCGGGCACGCCUUCUACAGACCCGUCUGCAUAUGACUUGCGCUACAGAAUACCGACCGGUUGUGAUCCUACGACCAACUGUACGUAUUUCGUGGGUCUGGAAGUGAACGCGAAUGACUCCAGCUACCUCGAUGUCUUUCUCACUGCACCGGUGGCUGGCUGGGUCGCCGUGGGCUUUUCACCCACUCCCAGUAUGCCCGAUAGUGAUGUCUUUGGCUGCAUUGUGCGGGACUCUGAGGUAGAGGCAAUUGACACGUACAACGUCCCCACAGGCGCAAACAACAAUCGUUUGGAUCCCGAGCAAGGUGAUAUAGUAUUUAGCAAUGGAACUCUGGAGAAUGGAAGGAUCACUUGCACCUUCAGUCGACUCAUUGCAGGCGAUCAGAGCCCCUCAGUUGACCGGAAUCUCAACAACAGCUGGUUCCUCCUCUCUGGAUUUAACAUCAAUGGAAGAACUGCUGAUGAUGUUGGCUUCAGCGUGCAUAGGUUUACGACAGGUGUCGACCUGCCAAGAGCCCUUGCCACAGAGAUGGUCAAUCCAGUGAUGGCGGAGGGCGAGCUGCCUCUCAUGAUGGCACAAACUGAGUGUCCCACUAAUGUUCCUCCUCCUGUUAUAGAUCCUCAAGACUACAGGCUGAGGCGCAGAGACCCAGCAGGGUGCGACCCACAGGACUGCGAUUAUUUCAUGGGCAUCAACAACAAUACCAACCCUGAGUACCUGGAUUUCUACAUGACUGCAGACAUUGGUGGCUGGGUGGCGGUUGGAUUCUCUCCCUCUGCCAACAUGUUUGAUGCAGAUGUGGUUGGCUGUAAUGUCGACUCAACCAAUGGUGAUGUGGCUGUCGUUGACACCAGUAAUCCUGCAACUGGCAGAGCCAACAAUCUCGAUAUCACCCAAGAUGUUUGUAGACACUCAUCCAGUUUUGUAAACGGACGGAUCACUUGCAUGUGAGUGACCGGGACUCUUUUAGUCCUUACCCCUCCCUCUCUCUCUCUCCUCUUGGCUGUUCCUGCUCAGAUUCAGCAGGAAGGUCGUAGGCACUGAUGCUAUUCCUAUGGACAGACCUCUCGACACUGACUAUUACUUUCUCUUUGGAGUUGGGAGAUCUUCUACAUCUGAAUCAUGCACAUGGUUGCCUGCCUUGUGUUGACAACCCAUUGAUAAGUCUCAACCACUCAAAUAAUAGUGGGCCCUCUUGAUUUGUCUCCAGUGCAGAUAUUUCAUUUCUUGUCCUCACACUGUCGUGCCUCCUUUUCUCUCUGGCAGGUAGUGGCAGUUUCCCUAACCACCAGCCCCUCAUUCCUCCCGUCAGUGACGGUCAGUUCAACCCUUCCACAGACUCGGGGGACAUUGGAGUCAGCCGACUGAGACAGCAACUCCUCCAGGCCCACGGAAUACUCAUGCUCAUUGCCUGGCCUCUCCUCGCAUUCACCGCCAUCUUCUUCGCUGCCUGGAUGAAACAGGCCCUUCCCAAUGGAGAGUGGUUCCAGGUGCACCGUGCGUUCCAUAUUGCGGCUCUGUUUGUGGCAGUGAUAGGGUUCAUUCUGGCAUUUGUGGCCAACAUGGGCAAUGACGGACUGAUAACACUGGGCAGCAAUAAUAAAAGUGGGACAACCCACUUUGUGCUGGGAAUCGUCAUAAUGGCUCUCCAAAUUGCAAACCCAAUCAUAUCCAUAUUCAGAUGCAAGCCAACCGGAGACUAUCGAUGGAUCUUCAAUAUUAUUCACGGUUUCAUCAUUGGUCUGGGGGUGGAGCUCCUGGCCUACGUGAAUAUUGGUAUAGGAGUUAGCAUAUUCAGUGAGACACAGAGUAACUUCGGAGAUCUCACCAUUUUCUGGGUGUACCUGGCCUUUGCCAUCUUUGGAGUGAUUCUGAACACUGGACUGCUGCUGUUCUUUACCUCUGAGGCUGUCUUAAAGGGAGAGGAGGGCACGAAGCUGGCUCCAGCUGUGAUGAAGCCAUUAUUCAACCAGGUCUACGGUUCAGGAGACUCGAGUCCCCCACAGGGAGUGGAAUUGAAGGCACCAGGGGAACCAGAGAAACCCACCGGACCCCCUCCCCGCAAACCCCCCUCAAAGGACGCCCCCAUCCGCUGGAUGGCACUGGGGCUUUUCCUGGGGAUCAUGGUGCCCCUCAUUUUAGCUGUCAUUAUCAUGAUCGCUGCCACCGGCAGCCUUGAUGGAUGAGUAGCAGAACAUUUUACAAACUGUGUACAUUAUUUAUGGGUCUUUUACCUCUAGACUCCAUAAUGUUGUCACGUAUAAUACUGCUAGGAAAUGUAUGAUGUAAUUUUGUAGUUGAGAGUGA